ACAAUAAUCACAAGACAAGAGUAUUACACUUUACUGUAUAAUUUAUUUCGGUCAAACCAAUCCUUCUCAUCAUCCGAAUAUUCAAAGUUAAACAUUUUACAAUAUUAGUGGACCACGUACCUACCUACGCAACAUUCUGGGAAUUCUGUCCUUUAAUUUUUUGGCAUCUUUUUCCCACAUUUCCACCAACACUACCUUCCUAUAAAAAUCUAGACUUUUGGGGUAGUUGAGAAUAGCACAGCCCCAAUAGUCACUUCCUGCAAUAAACCCUUUUAUAUCACAAUCCUACUUCAAAUUCAUCAUCAGUUCAUAAUCCAUACAACACAGAUAUUAGUGCAGAAAUCAUAGACAUGCUCCAAAUCAGACAUAUUUCAAGUCAUUCUACCUUGACUGGCCACCAACGUCAUACCUCUCAUCAAAUUCUUCCCCAUAAUUCUUCCUCAAACCUGCCUAUCCUCAACCUAUACGAAAACCAACAAUUCCAAACUCUGAGGAGUACGUAUGCAAGACGACUGCGAAAUUAUGGCAACAUUAGAAGGGACUUUGCAGUCCGCAGCAGUGUGGAACCGGGAGUUCCACCACCUACCGGCCCGCCUCCAAACAUUUUAAGCUGGAUCGUGGGAGUAGCUAUAGCAAUAGUGGUGCCUUUUAUCAAUUACAAAUGGGGGCCAUCACUGAAAAAUAAAAUCGAAACCGCGAUGAAGAUGACGGAAGAGGUGGUGGAGGCGGUGGAGAAAGUGGCGGGGG